UCGAACAUAAGCUUUAGGUUCACUUCUACACUAGGCAGUUAUUCUUCAGGUUCAAAGGACGAGUCUUGCGUUGGUCUGUAAUUGUAUCAUCUCCAAAUGGAUUUCACUAUUCGGGCUGCUACACCAGAAGAUUGUAAAGACAUAUCUCGGAUGAUAAUAGAAUUGGCUGACUAUGAAAAAAUGUCCGACCAGGUCAAGAUAUCUCAUGAAGUGCUGAAACGGGACGGCUUCUGUCAAAAUCCCUUCUACCACUGUCUCAUUGCAGAGGUGCCAGAGGAACACAAAACUAAAGAUGGACACGUCAAGGUUGGCUACGGCCUAUUCUUCUAUACCUAUAGCACAUGGAAAGGCAGGUGUGUUUAUUUGGAGGAUCUCUAUGUCAUGCCAGAAUUUCGAGGUAAAGGGAUUGGAAAAGCACUGAUGAGCUCAGUGGCCAGAGUGGGCAAGGAGCAGCAGUGUGCCCGCUUGCAACUGUCUGUUCUGGACUGGAACACUCCCUCAAUGGACUUCUACAUUGCCAAGGGUGCUCAGAACCUCACCAAGAGUGAAGGGUGGCACUUCCUUCGUUUCGACGGGGAAGCGCUGGACAAGCUUGCAGAAGAGGCCCCGAAGAAGUAAUACUUAAGGAAUCUUAGCUGUGAGGAUUUUGUUGUGACUGUGUGUGUUUAUAAUGACUGUGGUUGUGUGUGUAGCCAGCUAUGUUCCUUUCAUACUUUACAUCAUUGUUAGUAACUGUAAGUGGGCAGUU